UUGAAUUGUGGGAAAGAAAUGUCUGCGCCCUGUGUUCAUACCUUUUAUAUAUACAGUCUAUCUAUGGUUCAUACUGAGGACCAUCUUACCUAAAUGUGAUUACUGACUUUUUCAAAUUGUAAACGAAGACCUCUUAAUAAGGAAAAGUGUAGAUUGGUGUUUUGGUUAAAAACAUUAAUCUGAAGAUGUCGGAAAAUACGCAGAAGGACAGGGUCUCUGGAAAUGCCCUCAACGGAGCUGUUAUUUCUGAAAUGCUGGGGAAGAACUUCGAGAGACUGCCUGACUUUGAUAAGAAACUCUUCCUCUACGGACCCAUUUAUCUGGCGGGGAACGGGGCUCUUGCAGGAUUGAUAUCCAACAGCUUGUUUCGCAGAGGCCUGAAUGUCACGCAGGCGAUCUUCGCCUCCAGCCUGCCGCUGGCCGUGUUGCCCUUCCUGACAACAUUUGCCCUUUAUAACGGUGCAGUGUCCGGCCCCCUGCUGGCCGGGGAUCUCAACUGUCCCACCUGUGCCCUGAUCCGAGGUGCACUUGUUGGUGUGGUCGGUGCUGGCCUGUACCCUAUCCUCCUGGCUCUACCUGUGAACUUUGGGCUUGCAUCCAGGUACAAUACAGCACCGAUGCCAGUGAAGGGCAACACGCUCCGGUACUGGAUGGACCUCACCAAACCGGUCCUGAGGAAAAUGAGAGCGGUGAUUCUGCUCCAGGCGGUCUUUGGCAGUUACCUGGCCUCCAGGCACGUUAACUCGUACGGCAAACUGGCGGAGUUAACAUUUGGCCCAAAGGAAGAGGAACUCAAAGACUAACAUGUACUAAACCUACAAAUAAAUGCGUUUUAAUUCAUUCUCAGCACCUCUUGGUUGGUAUAUGUGCUUAUCAAAUUCAUCAUCUCAGGUGGAAUGUGCCUGAGAUAUUUUUCCACCACAAAUUAAAUGAUGUUUCUUUUAUAAAAUUGCCUGUAGGCCUAUGUCUAUAUUAUCCUUUACAUUAUAAUACAUACAUUCAUAGUUUUUAGUUUAUUUUGCAGGAUAAAAUAACUGAAUUAAAUUCCUGCGUGUGGUAUUUAUCACAUAUCACAUUUAUCGCUUAUCUUAAUCGUUAUAUGUCCUUAAUCAUUUAAGCUGAAAAAAUAAAUUGAUGUCAUCUUCAAAAAUGUAAUCGUCAACCAUUUUGAUAAUUGGUAAAGUCAUUAAAACAUAUCUGCUGGUUUCAGUCA